AUGAUGUACAAAACAGUUACCCAUGUCUUAUUUGAUUUGGAUGGAUUAUUAAUAGAUUCUGAAAAGUUGUACACAGAGGCAUUCACCAAUGUAUGUGCUAUGUAUGGCGAAGUAUUUACUUGGGAACUAAAAAAAAGUAUCCUUGGAUUCCAAGGACAUGAAUGCGCAGAAAAGAUUAUAAAAGCUCUAAAUAUUCAAACUAGUGUAGAGAAAUUUAUGGAGGAAUGUAGAAAAGAGUAUGAAGUGGUUUUCCGUCAUGUUCAACUUAUGCCAGGUGCUCAGAAGUUAGUGGAACAUUUACAUAAUAAAGGUGUACCUCUUGCAUUGGCAACAAGUUCUGGGCAAGAUAGUGUUGACAUGAAAAUGCAAAAUCAUAAAGAUUUCCUGAAAAACUUCCACCAUCUUACUAUGGGCACCUCAGAUCCUGAAGUUACCAAAGGAAAACCUGAUCCUGCAAUUUUUUUGGUUUGUGCGUCUAAAUUUCCAGAUAAACCAAGCCCUGAAGAUUGUUUGGUGUUUGAAGAUGCAGUCAAUGGAGUAAAAGCAGCAUGCGCAGCCAACAUGCAAGUUGUUGUUGUGCCAGAUCCUCGCAUAGAACCGGAGCAACUGCAAAAUGCUACUCUACAGCUAAAGUCUUUGGAAGACUUUCAACCUGAACUUUUUGGGCUACCACCAUAUGAUUGA